UGACGUGAGGGGAAACGCGAGUUGUAAUUGGCCAAAUUUAUGUUCCCUCCCCGCGCGGACAUUUGAAAACGGCUUUGUGAAGACGAUUUACCGACGACGAAGAAGAAGAAGAAGAAGAAAAAAAGCAACAACAUACAGACAUGGCUCCCAGGAAAAAGACGACCAAGCAACGGAAAAACAACCCCAAAACGGCCAAGCUGGAGGCUUUUCUGGACGACUUCGACAGCGAAGUGAAGACCAGAGUUGGACAAAUGAAGGAGAAGAUCAACCAGCUGCUGAAAGAUGUUGACAACAGCUACAACAUGGCACUAAUUAAACUCCCCAAGGCUGUCAGACAAAUGAACUGGUUGGACCAUUUCAUGUCUGAGAAACCAAAGUCCAAAGAAGUAGAUGAUAUAAAUAGAGAAGAGGAAGCUGCUAUUGUUGAAAGUGUUGUGGCCGAGGAUCACGCAGUCCUUCUGAAAUCUGUCAAGAAAACUUCAAAGAAAAAAGCAGUUGCUAAAUCCAGCUCAGGGGAUGAAAACGUCCCAAGCACAACACGCAAGGGGAGAGCAACACGGAAACCUCCAACUACUUCCAAAAGAGCAAAGGCGGUGACUAUGGGGAUGCACAACGCCUCCAUCAGACGAUCGAGCAGGAAGGCGUUGGUCACUCCAGCCAGGAGUAUAAUGGACUCCUCCUUGAUGAUGGGCCCCACUCCCCUCAUUACCCCGCGCUUCGACCCAAGGCUCCCCAAGACCCCCGCGGUGAGGAUUCCCCGCCACAGAGAGAGGGUCUACAGCAUCUCGGUCAACGGCUCACCCAUCGCAGAAGGAAAUGAGGACGUAGUCAUCCAAGUCCCCAUCGGCAACGGAGAGAGCGUUCACCUAUUGGCCAGCCAGAUGGACUCUGGGGACCUGACUAUGCUGGAUGAGACGGCUCUGAGGAGCAUUCGGCUGCUGCAGAAUCGCCUCACGACCCUCUGUGGAACAGCACAGUGACCCCACAGUGUCUUCUGUAGACUUGUACAUAACUUUAAAAAAAUGUUUUUUUUAAAUUUUUAUUUGAUACAGUUGUCAUUGUUUAAUACGCAAUCCUCCAUGUACAUGGAUCACAGUUUAUGUGGAAAACUGAUAAACCAUGUGUGGUGUUGAAUCACAAAUACAUCAGCCUAAUAAUUCAAUUUUUUAAAAACAGCCAAGGGUGUACCUUUGUAUAGUGACCACUAGGUGGCAGCAUGUCUCCAUAGCAGUUCUUUCAGUGGCCUGCAUAGUGGUCGCUCAUGUGCCUUCUUUCGUUGUACCGUGUCCUCUGUAUUAAAGCGGUGGAUAUAAGACUAGCUAAUUUCAUUCAUCCACCAUGUUAGUCUUUACUUUCAAGAUGCUUAAACUCCUUUUAAUAUAGUUUUACAUGAAUGAACAUUGUUUCUCUGAGAAAACAAUAAAACUUUGCUGUGCUGCAGUACACCACCGAUCCUUGUUUAGCUCAUGAUGGCAGAC